GCCAUUCCUCCAGGAAAUGUCCAAGUUUCCUACGUCAGCAUUAGUACAGUGUCUCUUACCUGGGAAACACUGGCUGGUGAGGUGGAGGGCUACGUUGUGACCUGUUUCUGUGAUUCGGAAACACAUGGAGAGCAGACAACAGAUUCAGAAAAUGUGACAUUCUACGAUCUGAAGCCAGGGCUCAAGUAUGACUUCCAAAUUAAAACACAGCUGAAAAGCGGAGGACUCAGCCAGCCUGCCUUGGCAUCUGCCCACACAGAGGCCAUUCCUCCAGGAAAUGUCCAAGUUUCCGGUGUCAGCAUUAGUACGGUGUCUCUUACCUGGGAAACACCGGCUGGUGAGGUGGGGGGCUACGUUGUGACCAGUUUCUGUGAUUCAGAGACACACGGAGAGCAGACAACAGAUUCAGAAAGUGUGACAUUCUACGAUCUGAAGCAAGGGCUCAGGUAUGACUUCCAAAUUAAAACACAGCUGAAAAGCGGAGGACUCAGCCAGCCUGCCUUGGCAUCUGCCCACACAGAGGCCGUUCCUCCAGGAAAUUUCCAAGUUUCUAAUGUCAGCAUUAGUACGGUGUCUCUUAUCUGGGAAACACAGGCUGGUGAGAUUGGGGGCUACGUUGUGACCUGUUUCUGUGAUUCAGAGGCCCACGGAGAGCAGACAACAGAUUCAGAAAGUGUGAAUUUCUAUGAUCUGAAGCCAGGGCUCAAGUAUGACUUCCAAAUUAAAACACAGCUGAAAAGCGGAGGACUCAGCCAGCCUGCCUUGGCAUCUGCCCACACAGAGGUCAUUCCUCCAGGAAAUGUCCAAGGUUCCGAUGUCAAAAGUAGUACAGUGUCUCAUGCAUGCGGAACACCUGCUGGUGAGGUGGAGGGUUAUGGUUGGACCCGUUUCUAUGAGUCAGAAACACACGGAGAGCAGACAACAGAUUCAGACAGUGGGUCAUUCUCUGAUCCUAAGCCAGGGCUCAACAAAGACUCCGAUAAAAACAGAGGACUCAUCCAGCCUGCCUUACCAUCUGCCCACACAGAGGCCAUUCCUCCAGGAAAUGUCCAAGUUUCCGAUGUCAGCAUUAGUACGGUUUCUCUUACCUGGGAAACAGCGGCUGGUGAGGUGGGGGGCUACGUUGUGACCUGUUUCUGUGAUUCAGAGACACAUGGAAAGAAGACAACAGGUUCAAAAAGUAUGACAUUCUACAAUCUAAAGCCAGGGCUCAAGUAUGACUUCCAAAUUAAAACACAACUGAAAAGCGGAGGACUCAGCCAGCCUGCCUUGGCAUCUGCCCACACAGAGGCCAUUCCUCCAGGAAAUGUCCAAGUUUCCGAUGUCAGCAUUAGCACAGUGUCUCUUACCUGGGAAACACCGGCUGGUGAGGUGGGGGGCUUCGUUGUAACCUGUUUCUGUGAUUCAGAGACACACGGAGAGCAGACAACAGAUUCAGAAAGUGUGACAUUCUAUGAUCUGAAGCCAGGGCUCAAGUAUGACUUCCAAAUUAAAACACAACUGAUAAGCGGAGGACUCAGCCAGCCUGCCAUGGCGUCUGCCAACACAGAGGCCAUUCCUCCAGGAAAUGUCCAAGUUUCUGAUGUCAGCAUUAGUACAGUGUCUCUUACCUGGGAAGCUGCGGCUGGUGAGGUGGGGGGCUACGUUGUGACCUGUUUCUGUGAUUCAGAGACACACGGAGAGCAGGCAACAGAUUCAGAAAGUGUGACAUUCUACGAUCUGAAGCCAGGGCUCAAGUAUGACUUUCAAAUUAAAACACAGCUGAAAAGCAGAGGACUAAGCCAGCCUGCCUUGAUAUCUGCCCACACAGAGGCCAUUCCUCCAGGAAAUGUCCAAGUUUCCGAUGUCAGCAUUAGUACGGUGUCUCUUACCUGGGAAACACCGGCUGGUGAGGUGGGGGGCUACGUUGUGACCUGUUUCAGUGAUUCAGAGACACGUGGAGAGAGGACAACAGAUUCAGAAAGUGUGACAUUCUACGAUCUGAAGCCAGGGCUCAAGUAUGACUUCCAAAUUAAAACACAGCUGAAAAGCGGAGGACUCAGCCAGCCUGCCUUGGCAUCUGCCCACACAGAGCCCAUUCCUCCAGGAAAUUUCCAAGUUUCCGAUGUCAGCAUUAGCACAGUGUCUCUUACCUGGGAAACACCGUCUGGUGAGGUGGGGGGCUACGUUGUGACCUGUUUCUGUGAUUCAGAGACACAUGGAGAGCAGACAACAGAUUCAGAAAGUGUGACAUUCUACGAUCUGAAGCCAGGGCUCAAGUAUGACUUCCAAAUUAAAACACAGCUGAAAAGCGGAGGACUCAGCCAGCUUGCCUUGGCAUCUGCCCACACAGAAACUAAACAGGAGAGUUUGCGGGAAGAUCUUAAUGAAAGGUUGCCAAGCGUCGUAACUCCACCUGAUCACUGCAACUAUCAACUUAUUGAAGUUCCAUCUUUUGGAUCUAUAGAGGUUCAUCGUGCUGGCACCAACAUCAUCGCUCUUGGCUGGGCUCCAACCGAACAGCAAGUGGAAUCUCAUUAUCAGCUUCUCUACUCUUGCAAAAUCAAGUCACAGGCUAUCCUGAUCACAGAUUCCCGCAAAGUAAACAUCGGUGACCUUUUGCCUGGGACGGAAUACACUUUCAGUAUCAUUAGGAUUACUGACGGAAAACAUAGCAAAUCAGCAUCUCUAUCGGUUUUCACUGGUAAACAUGCCUCAUAACAUUAGAUAAAUCCUCCUUUUAAAGUCAAACACUGAUACAACCAGAAGGUAGCAUGCUACAUGAAUAUGCGUGUUUGUUUUUCAGCUUUUACAGAGGCAAUUC